GUCUGACCAAUGGAGUGUUCACCAUCUAUCCUGCUGGAUCCACGUCUGCUGUGCACGUCUUGAGAACAUCCAUCAGCUGACACGUCAGAAAAAGUAUGAGUUUCUGGUGGACAUGGAGGACUUUGAAGGAAACAAAACGUUUGCUCGUUACUCUGCAUUCAGCGUGGAUGCUGAGCAUGACGGUUACGAAUUGAACGUGUCUGGAUUCCACAAUGGGGGCGCCGUCACCUUGGGUCUUCCUCAUGCUCAUCCUCCUGGCUUCUGGGAUGGAGACCUGCAAAGGAGCCUCCCUACCGGUCGACUGCAGCGACAUCCACCACCAAGACAAGAAUCUGUCCAAUGGAGUGUUCACCAUCUAUCCUGCUGGAUCCACGUCUGCUGUGCAGGUGUACUGUGACUUGGAGUCGGAGGGAGGACGCUGGACGGUGUUCCAGAAGAGGAUGGACGGCUCUGUGAACUUCUACAGAGGCUGGGACCAGUACAAGUUGGGCUUCGGGAACGCUGUUGGAGAGUACUGGCUUGGUCUUGAGAACAUCCAUCAGCUGACACGUCUGAAAAAGUACGAGCUUCUGGUGGACAUGGAGGACUUCGAAGGAAACAAAGUGUUUGCUCGUUACUCUGCAUUCAGCGUGGAUGCUGAGUGUGACGGUUAUGAGUUGCACGUGUCUGGAUUCCACAACGGGAGCGCCGGAGAUUCCCUGGGACUUCACAACGGGAGGAAGUUCACCACCUUUGACAAAGACCAAGACAACUUCCCUACAAACUGUGCCAGAAAAUUCCUGGGUGCGUUCUGGUAUCAUAAGUGUUACCGUACAAACCCUAACGGGAUUUACCACUGGGGGGCCGAUGACACCCACUAUGCGGUUGGAGUGGUCUGGGACACCUGGAAGGGUCAUGAGUACUCCCUGAAGACCAUCAGCAUGAAGAUCCGGCCUGUUAAAUGAGCAUGACGCAUAACCAGAGGUGUGUCUCACGUGUAAUCUGAAUGAAGUGUUUCAGCACUCGGGGGAGGUUUGAAGUGAAUAUUUGUAUCUUGACAAUAAAUGAGAAACAAAC